AUGAAACGCAGCCAGCAGCGCCAGUUCUCAGACUCCCCGCAUGCAGAAGCAGCUGAGGGGCCGCUUCAGGGGCCCCCUGCUGCUGCAGGGGGGCCCCCUAAGUGGGGGGCCCCCGGGGGGCCCCCGUCCAGCUCCCGGGGGCCCCCCUCCAGCUCCCGGGGGCCCCCCUCUGCAGCAACUGCUUCUACGGAGGGCCUCAAAGGCAUGCGCAGCAUGCCUUUGGACUUGACAAAAGUGAAGAACAAACACAGCAGCGAAGCUGUCCCUAAACUGUCUCCCCAAGAGCUGCAGCAGCUGCAGCAGCAGCAGCAGCAGCAGCAGCAGCAAGGAGAGGAAACCGACACAGAUGCUUCCAACGGCGAACACGAUGAGGGGCCCCCCACCUUCUUCGGGGCGGGCAGAGACGCAGCAGCAGCAGCAGGAAGCAAAAGGGGGGCCCCCAAGGGGCCCCCCAAGGGGGGCCAACCUAAGGGGUCCCUCACCAAGGGGCCCCCCAAUGGGCCCCCCCAGGGGCCCCCCAAGAAGUGGGGGGCCCCCCCAGCACCCUACAGCUUGGAGGCGGUCCCUGUGGAGCCCCCUGAGGGCCCCUCUGGCUCUGGGGGCCCCUCGUGGGGGCCUCCGGGGGCCCCUUUAGACAAGGAAGAAGCAAAAGGACUUAUAAAAGAGACAGAAACUGAAAAAGGGGACAAACAAAUCUCAGAAAAGAACAACAAGUGGUGGGCCCCCCUGCUGCAUCCCUCCCACUUCAACUUCUGGGAUUUGGGGGGCCCCAGCGACUCCGAGGGGGCCUCCAGCGACAGCGGAGGGGCCCCCAGCGAAGCUGGGGGGCCCCCCGGUGGGGACCAGGGGGCCCCCAGUGGGGUGGGGGGGGCCCCCACCGGGGGUCCCCCCGCCUCUGAAGGAGACAGAGAGAUUCCCAGGACCCCCAAAGCAGCAGACAUGAUUUUAAAAGAGAUUGCUGAAGUGCCUUGGGAGCUAAGGGGACACCCCAGACAGCAGCAGCAGCAGCAGCAGCAGCAGCAACAGCAGCAGCAGCAGCAGCAGGAAAGGGCACAGCUGCUGCAGCCACCUACGGGUGGCCCCCUCACUCCCAACAAGUCAGCAAGGGGGCCCCCGCCCCCGCCCGCAACGAGCAGCUUGCCUUCUUGGGGGCCCCAGCUGCGCAAACCGCGCAGCAGCAGCAGCGGCAGCAGCCACCGCAGCAGCAGCAGCAGCAGCAGAAGGCCCUUUCUGGUCGGGGGCCCCCAGCCAAGAGCAGGCCCCAGGGGGGCCCCCCAACUCCAAAGGCUAAGUGCAAACCCUCUACUGCAGCUGCAAAGAAGAGGCCCCCUUUUGCUGCACCACCUGGGGGCCCCCCUCCAAGGGGCCCCCAAGCAGAGGGGCCCCCCAACAUGA